ACCAUAGUUGACAGGGUUCUAUAUAGAUCAUCUGGUUCUUAGAUUGAGUCAGUAGGUCGUGUCAGUUAGAGGAGUAGACACGAGGGGUGGUACGACUACCAAGCCUUACACAGUAGAACAGGAGGCGAAAGCCGCCGCCCUCCUGAAAGAGAGAAAAGAAAAGAAAGAGGCCAAGAAGAAGGCCCUGAUGGAGGAAUAGGCGGCGAAGUUGAAGAAGAUUGAGGAGGAGAUGACCAGACAGAGAGAGAGGUUAAAGAAGGAAGAAGAAGAGAAGCUCAAGGCGGUGGAAGAGGAGGAAGAGGUAGAAGAAACGCCACUGGAGAGGAGAAGAAGGGGGCAAGGAGGUGAAUCCAGUGGUACGAAAGAGGACCAGAUGGAGAAGAAAAUUACGGAGUGGGUUGCUGGUUUAUCCCUGGGGGAAGAAGAGGAGGCACUGAGUAUGAGCCCAGGGAAGAACAAGAGGCCGCCAUGAAAAUGUGGGAUGCAGAGGAAGACCCACUUAAGCGGCAGGCGAUAGAGGAUGAGAAGAGGAUGGAGUGGAAAUUCCGAUUGAUGAGGGAGAGGAAAAAAAGAAUGGAGGCGGCGAGCGAGGCGGCGAAAGAAUUGGAGGAGGUGAAGAAACAAAGAGAGCAGAUGGCGAUGCAAGUGGACCUAUUGGGGAAGAUGGAGAUAAUGGCGAGGAACAUAGAGCGCCUGACACAGGUCCAGGAAGAACAAUACUUGUUUGGUAGAGGUCGGGACAUUGCCUUACGCUCUAUACGGCUGGGGCUCCGGGACUUUGCCAGGGAAUUGGCGACGCAGGUGGGCUCAGAGGCUUCGGAUAAACUGCAAACCAUUCAUUCUCGUCAGUGGAGGAGUGUCAGGGCACUCAAAGGUGUGAUGGACGAGUUGGUCGUCGUUCCUGACCAUGGGUUCACAGAGACCCAGUUGGUCAAUCUCUUCUACCGCGCUAUGCCCGAACAGUUAUGCGGGCAUUUCUUCGAAAAGAGCCAGCAGCCUACCAUGACCUAUGAUGCGUUGACCAGGGAGGUGGUAGCAUUCGAGGCACGGUCCGUGUCAGUUUCCACUUUUUGGCACAAGGAUUUGGAUAAGGGUAAAAACUGGAAGGGUCGCACCAUCUCGGGUCAAGUCAAGACCAAGGAUCGUUUGAUCCUUACAUUAGAUGAGGGUGGUGUCGACGAGGUCCCCUACGAGCAGAUUGAGUGGGGACUAGAGGAGGAGGACAGUGGCGUUAGCCAUGGGAGGACUUACGCUGUUGUCGCGGUCAGAGGGAGGCCGCAAGGAGGAGGUGGAGGCCAGGGCCAAGGGGAUCGGGCCUCAGGGGGCCGUUCCCAGGGUGAUCAGGGGGUUGGUGGUAGAGGAGGAAAUCGCCAAGCGGGAGGUCGGUGCCUAGAUAGUUGUCCAGAGACCGCUUGUGUUAGGGUCUCUCUAGGCACUUCCCUCACAGGUGUGGCCGAUGAGCUAAAGGAGAGGAUGCCCGACUGGGCCAAGAUGAAGAAGGAGAGUAGAGGACAGCUAGUUUUAGUAGAUGUAGAGAUUUUUAGAGGUAGAGUAGGGGCCCUAGUAGAUAGCGGGCCCAUGCGCAGCUAUAUCAGUAGAAAGGCGCUGCAGAAUUUGAAGUUGGGGCUAAAAGUCCAGAAGUUAGCAGACCCCAUAGUGAGUAUCCUCGCGGACAAUCGCACGAUGCGAAUAGAGGAUUAUGUAGAGGGAGUCCAGGCGUACUUUCGCCUAGAGAAGGAUGAGAAGGUGGAUAAAGUUCUCCAUUCCCUGACUCUCCUCGUAGAAGACAACCUUCCUUUCGAUAUAGUCCUAGGAAUGGAUUGGGGAGAGGCAGUCGGGGCCACACUCCAUUUGAGAGAGCACGAGUGUAGGCUUCCUAGUCCGUCAGGCGGGGUCAGGACUGCCCGCUUGUUCCACGUGUCAGGAGUAGAUAACUCUCUGGCACAUUGUUGCCUUAGCGCUCCUGCGUUUGCAAGAUUAGUAAAGAAGGAGAAGCUAGAAGAACAGGUCCUUGUAGCCUAUGUCAGGCCAGUUACUGAGCCUAAAGAGGAAAAGCCCAUAGAUCCCGCUAUUGCCAAGUUGUUGGAAGAGUAUGUAGAUUUAGCUGAGCCGCCUACGGGAGUAGUCCCGCCGCCCAUCCAACACCGCAUUGAGAUAGAGUCUGGCAGUAGGACUCCUAAAGGAGCAGUGUAUAGGAUGUACCCACGGGAAUUGGAGGAGCUGCGUAAGCAGUUAGACGAACUCCUAGAGAAGGGUUGGAUUAGACCCAGUUCGUCUCCAUUUGGAGCACCUGUUCUGUUUGUCCCAAAGAAGGAGGGAGAGCUUAGGAUGUGCAUUGACUAUAGGGGUCUUAAUGCUAUCACAUUGAGAAUGCAGAGCCACUGCCCCGUAUAGAUGAUCUUUUAGAUAGGGUGCAGGGUUGCAAGUAUUUUUCAAAGAUAGACUUGAAGUCCGUAUAUCAUCAGACAGAAGCGCAUCCUGACGAUCA